AUGAUAAAGUCACCUCAGGAUUUACAGAUUGCCAUUCUGGGCGCCGGUAUGGGUGGUCUCACUUGUGCCCUUGCUCUGGCUCAGCGUGGUUUCAAGAACAUUGAUGUUUAUGAGAACGCACACGACCUCGGCUUUGUUGGAGCUGGUAUCCAGCUGGCCCCGAACAUGGCCCGUGUGCUUGACGGACUGGGUGUCUGGAAGCCCAUCGAGGCCGAGGCCGUGAACAUCGGAAGUACUUCCGUGCGAGUUGGCGCAACCGACGCUGAGCUUGCUCACGUCGAUCUGGGGUACAUCGAGAAGACCUACGGUUACAAGCACAUGGUAGGACACCGCUCGUCACUGGCCGACGGGCUCUACCAAGGCUGCUUGAAGGAGCCGGCUAUCAAAUUCCACUUUGCCACUCCUGCAGUGGAUGUUGACGUGUCCGGCGAGCGGCCAUCGUUUACCGUCGUUCCUCGCGACAACGGCAAGACCCCGUACAAGGUAGAAUGCGACGUCUUGCUGGGUGCCGACGGCAUCAAGUCCAACACCCGCACUGAGAUGCUUAAGAGACUGAACGUCGACGUUGGCGUCAAGGACACCAACCAGGCCGCCUACCGAAUCAUGAUCCACAAGGAACAGAUCAAGGACGACCCUGAGCUGCUUGCUCUGAUGAACAGCACGCGCGUUACCCGCUGGAUCGGUGAAAAACGCCAUAUCAUCGCCUACGCAGUCUCAAACAAUACCAUCUACAACCUGUCCACCACCCAGCCAGACACCAACUUCGCCGCUGCCACAAAUGCCACCUACACCACCAAGGGCGACAAGAAGGCCAUGCUGAACGUCUUCUCCGACUUCUGCCCCAUGGUACAGCGCCUGCUCGACUACGUCCCCGAAGGUGAGGUCUGCGAGUGGAAGUUGCGAGUCCACGACCCGCUCCCUACUUGGGUCUACAAGUCCGUCGCCCUGGUCGGCGACGCUUGCCACCCUACUCUGCCUCACUUGGCCCAAGGUGCUGCCCAAGCCAUUGAGGACGGCGCCGUUCUAGGCGUUGCUCUGGCCCGCCUCCCCGAUACAUCUCCCGAGUCUAUCAACAAAGCUCUGCGCGUUUACGAGCGAGUCCGUAAGAGCCGCGCCGAGGCGCUGGUCAACAUGGCCUCUGCAUCCGGUCGUGCCCUACACCUGGGAGAUGGUGCUGCCAAGGAGGAGCGUGAUCGUCAAUUCGCUGCUCUCCGUGAAGGCAAGGGUCCCGUACCGGACAAAUGGGCCGAUGCCGAUGUCCAGCGCGAGAUCUAUGGCUUCGACUGCACCAAGGUCACCGAGGACAACUUUGAUGAGUAUUUUAAGCAGAUGUAA